CUCUCGGCCUCCCUCCCUUCCUUGCAUAGAAUCUCACCAGCAACCAUCUUCUUUCUUUCUCUCCGACCACCAGCGGCAUCGCCCUACAGGACUCUAAAGCCCUUUGAUCUCACCAAUUUCUAAAUCAUUGUCUCUCUCACCUUCUCUUUCCCAUGCAAAUUCGUCGGCGACUUUCUUUCUUUCCCCGAUCGUCAUCAUCAUCUCCCAUGGCUCCCAAAACCUUUCAUCUCCACCAAGUUCUCAGCCCUUACUCUUUUCUCCCUUGAUUCGUCCAUUCUCGGCCUUUAUUACAUCUUUUGUUCAUCCAUCCGAAGCACUUUCACAGGCAAGUGUGACCCACACCGACGAGUGAGCAUCAGAAUUGGAGAAAAGAGAGCCAGAUCUACUGAUCGGUGAUGGAGGUGUUGUACACGCGAUGCCAGCGAGAAGAAGCUUCCUGGGAACUCCCAGUUCGACUGCAGAUCUGACAAGUUCUUGGUCAGAUCGUCCUUUCAACCAAAAAGAGUUCAAUAUGGGCCAUUUUCUGGAAAAAAAUUAAGGCCUAGAUUGCUUCCAAAGGCUGGGAAAGUGCAGAUCCAAAUGGGUGAGCUUCACCGAGUCUGGGCCUGUAAGUAAUUUGGGUUUCAGGUUUUUUUUUUUUUUUUUGCUUUGAUAUAAAUAAGGGUUUUAGGGGGUAGAAAGGGGGUCUGGAGUCGGAAAAAGGGGGGUUUUCUUUUGGAAGCAACAGCGGUUGAAGAAGAGAAGGAUCGUUGAGUUUCCAGAGGGAUCGUCGGAUGGGCACAUUUUCUGGGUUAUCUCUCUUAGGUAAUUUUUGAAACCGAGGGUUUGUUUUUUUAGGGAAAGUGGUGAAGGAGAUGAUGGGAGCUUGGUCCCGUGGAUGGGAUCCCUCCCAUCAAAUCCAGAUCUUUUUUCUUCAAAAAAAUUUCGCCAUGUUUGCUUUUGUUAUUGUCUGUUGAUUUUUCCUUCAUUUUUUUUUUUGUUAAGAUUUGAUGUUUAAGCUUUUAUAUGUUUGGCUGAAAAAUGAAUGAAAAAUCAAAGAUUGU